GAAGAAAGAAUGAGAAGGGUUUGUGGGAAAUAGAAGAGGUAGAGAUGUUGGAGGAGAUUACCAAAAUGACAGAGGAGGUUAGUUUGAAGAGUGCUACAAGUAAUCCUGGUACUCACUUUGUGCUAGUGCAUGGUAUCAGUGGAGGGGCUUGGUGCUGGUACAAAAUCCGGUGUCUCAUGGAGAAUUCCGGCCACAAAGUCUCCACGGUUGAUCUGAAGAGCGCCGGAAUUGACCCCACUGACGUGAAUUCCGUUCUCUCUUUCGCAGACUACAACAAGCCACUACUUGACUUCUUCUCUUCUCUUCCCGAACACGAACAGGUUGUGCUGGUCGGGCACAGCGCCGGAGGGUUGAGCGUGACACUGGCGACGCUGAAGUUUCCGAAGAAGAUCCGGCUGGCUAUUUAUGUGGCGGCGACGAUGCUCAAGCAUGGCUACACUACUGAGGAAGAUCUCAAAGACGGGGUGCCGGAUUUAUCCGAAUUUGGUGAUGUCUACGAGUUAGGAUUUGGUUUAGGAGCCAAUCAACCACCAACAAGCGGAAUUGUCAGGAAAGAAUUCCAACGCAAGAUCAUAUAUCAAAUGAGUCCUCUAGAGGAUUCGACAUUAGCUGCCAUGCUUUUGAGACCAGGACCGCUCCUGGCUAUAACGACAGCCAAGUUUAAGGAAGAAGCCAAUGACCAUGACAAUGCUGUGCUUAACAAAGUACCACGCGUCUACGUGAAGACGUUGCAUGAUCAUGUGGUGAAACCGGCGCAGCAAGAUUCGAUGGUGAAGAGGUGGCCGCCGGCGGAAGUCUAUGUUUUGGAUAGUGAUCACAGUCCAUUCUUCUCCCAGCCGUUUCUGCUCUUGGGAUUCCUUGUAAAGGCUGCCGAGGCUUCUCGCCGGGAGAUAAUCUAAUUGUGGGUCUUCUUUUUUUGGUUUUCGUUUGGUGUUUAUACUGUUGUUAUUCUAUGAAAUCUGGGAUCGAUCAAUAUAUAAAGUCUUAUAGG